AGCAGUUGUCGCGAUCGGAAGCAAAUCGGAAAAUCUCCCUUGGAUUCCUAGAACACGCAGCCGAAAAAUUCGCUGGUUGUGUUGCCGCGACGUCGACGCCUUUCAAUUGGAUUCAGGGUUUAAUUUAUUGAAAUGUUGCCCUUUCGCUUGGGCCUGCUGCUACUUGGCGCCGUGCUAUUCGUGGCAAGCGCAAAUGGAGCUGCCAUCGAAAAUGAGGCUACUAGUCUGAACGACUUGCAGCGGGAGAAGAGAAGCGGCAGAGGCUAUUCGAGGGGACAAACCCAGUCUCAGUACUUAAACUUCGGUAAGCCUGAGGAGGAUGGAAAGGCCGAGGCGGAGGCCACUGAAAAUGGAUCUCGCUCCACUGUCUCUGGCACCCAUGGAAUGGGUCAGGCUCAGAGCCAGUUCUCAUCAGGGGACUGCAAUGGAUGUUCUGGCUACCAAACGGAUUACCCUUCUUCAGGCAGAAUUCUCGAUGCUAGUGGAUCCGGAGGCAUCGGUAGACCCGAUUCCAUUAUAAGCUUACCCGGAGGUGGAAUCGGUGGAGCGCGCCCUGGAUAUGGAACUCAAUCCGGUGUUGGGCGGCCAGCAGAAAGGCAACCGGGCUAUACAGGAAUUGGAGGGCAAGCUGGAAGCGUAUCCGGCCAGCCGGGAUCAGAAAGUCAGUUGGGAGGUGACCAGCCAGCAGGCGGAGUCAGUCAACAUGGAGUGCAAGGUAAACCUGGUGUUGGUGGACAGACAGGAACCGGUCAAAUUGUAUAUGGAAGCCAGCCUGGAAUAGGAGGACAGACCGGUGUCGGGCAACCUGGGUAUGGUGCCCUUCCUGGAGUUGGCGGCCAGACCGGAGCUGGACAACCCGGAUACGGAAGCCAACCUGGUAUUGGCGGACAGACUGGAGCCGGACAGCCCGGUUAUGGAAGCCAACCUGGAGUUGGCGCUCAGGGCCACCCUGGAGUUGGAGCUCAGACCGGAGCCGGACAACCCGGAUACAGUGCCCAACCUGGUAUUGGCGGACAGACUGGGGCCGGACAGCCCGGAUAUGGAAGCCAACCUGGUAUUGGCGGACAGACUGGAGCUGGACAGCCUGGAUAUGGAAGCCAACCUGGAGUUGUCGCUCAGACCGGGGCCGGACAGCCCGGAUAUGGAAGCCAACCUGGAGUUGGAGCUCAGACUGGAGCCGGACAACCCGGAUACAGUGCCCAACCUGGAGUUGGCGGACAGACUGGAGCCGGACAGCCUGGAUAUGGAAGCCAACCUGGAGUUGUCGCUCAGACCGGGGCCGGACAGCCCGGAUAUGGAAGCCAACCUGGAGUUGGAGCUCAGACUGGAGCCGGACAACCCGGAUACAGUGCCCAACCUGGAGUUGGCGGACAGACUGGAGCCGGACAGCCUGGAUAUGGAAGCCAACCUGGAGUUGUCGCUCAGACCGGGGCCGGACAGCCCGGAUAUGGAAGCCAACCUGGAGUUGGAGCUCAGACCGGGGCCGGACAGCCCGGAUAUGGAAGCCAACCUGGAGUUGGAGCUCAGACUGGAGCCGGACAACCCGGAUACGGAAGCCAACCUGGUAUUGGUGGACAGACUGGAGCCGGACAGCCCGGAUACGGAAGCCAACCUGGAGUUGGCGGACAGACUGGAGCCGGACAGCCCGGAUAUGGAAGCCAACCUGGAGUUGGAGCUCAGACUGGAGCCGGACAACCCGGAUACGGAAGCCAACCUGGUAUUGGUGGACAGACUGGAGCCGGACAGCCUGGAUAUGGAAGCCAACCUGGAGUUGUCGCUCAGACCGGGGCCGGACAGCCCGGAUAUGGAAGCCAACCUGGAGUUGGAGCUCAGACUGGAGCCGGACAACCCGGAUACGGUGCCCAACCUGGUAUUGGCGGACAGACUGGGGCAGGACAGGCCGGAUAUGGAAGCCAACCUGGAGUUGGCGCUCAGACCGGAGCCGGACAGCCUGGAUAUGGAAGCCAACCUGGAGUUGGAGCUCAGACCGGGGCCGGACAACCCGGAUACGGAAGCCAACCUGGUAUUGGUGGACAGACUGGAGCCGGACAGCCCGGAUACGGAAGCCAACCUGGAGUUGGCGGACAGACUGGAGCCGGACAGCCCGGAUAUGGAAGCCAACCUGGAGUUGUCGCUCAGACCGGGGCCGGACAGCCCGGAUAUGGAAGCCAACUUGGAGUUGAAGCUCAGACUGGAGGCGGACAACCCGGAUACGGAAGCCAACCUGGUAUUGGCGGACAGACCGGUGGCGAUCAACCUCGAUACGGAAUCCAACCUGGUAUUGGCGGACAGAUUGGAGCCGGAUAUGGAAGCCAACCUGGAGCUGGAGCUCAGACCGGGGUCAGUGGAGGGCAACCUGGUUACGGAGGCGGAAAUACAGGUCAACCAGGGUACCUAAGCCAACCAGGGGGUGCAGGAUCGCCUGGAUACGGAAAUCAGCCAGGAACUGGGGUGCAAACAGGUCCCAGUGUAGGGUUACCAGGCUACGGAGGUCAACAACCCGGAUAUGGAACCCAGCCUGGAAUUGGUGGACAGACCGGAGCCGGACAACCUGGAUACGGAACACAACCUGGUGUUGGUGGACAGACUGGAGCCGGACAACCUGGAUAUGGAGCACAACCUGGUGGUGGUGGACAGACUGGUGCCGGACAACCUGGAUAUGGAGGUCAACCUGGAACCGGUGGAUCGCCUGGAUUUUUAACUCAGCCAGCUAUUGGGGGUAUAAGCGGACCGAUUGGAGGGAAAUUUGGAUACGCAUCUCAACCAGGAAUUGGCGGUCAGACCGGAGCCGGACAACCGGGAUACGGUAGCCAACCUGGAAGUGGCGGACAACCAGGAGCCGCACAACCUGGAUAUUGGGCUCAACCUGGAAUUGGCGGACCGUCCGGAUACGGAAGUCACCUUGGAAUUGGCGAUCAGACCGGUGUUGAAAAACCCGGAUACGGUAGACAAACUGGAAUUACCGGACAGACGGGAGCCGGACAGCCAGGAUACGGAGGACAGGCUGCAAUAAGCGGAUUCCCUGGGUAUGGCUCUCAGCCAGGAAGUGGAGCACUAACCGCUGUUCCUGGUGGACAUUACGGAUACGAAACUCAGCCUGGAGUUGGUGGACAGACCGGAACCAACCAACCCGGGUACGGUGGUCAACCUGGAAUUGGCGGACAGACUGGGGCCGGACAGCCCGGAUAUGGAAGCCAACCUGGUAUUGGUGGACAGACUGGAGCUGGACAGCCCGGAUAUGGAAGCCAACCUGGUAUUGGCGGACAGACUGGAGCUGGACAGCCCGGAUAUGGAAGCCAACCUGGUAUUGGCGGACAGACUGGAGCUGGACAUCCCGGAUAUGGAAGCCAACCUGGUAUUGGCGGACAGACUGGAGCCGGCCAACCGGGAUAUGGAUUUAUAGCUCAGCCUGGUAUUGGAGGGCAAACUGGAACCAGUGGAAGGCAAACGGGUUACGGAUCCCAACCAGGAAUUGGUGGACAGACUGGUGCUGGACAACCCGGAUACGGAAGCCAACCUGGUGUUGGCGGACAGACUGGAGCCGUACUGCCCGGAUAUGGAAGCCAACCUGGUGUUGGCGGACAGACCACAGCCGGACAACCCGGAUACGGUGCCCAACCAGGUUUUGGAGGACAACCCGGAUACGGAAACCAACCCGGCGGACAGACUGGAGCCGGACAGCCUGGAUAUGGAAGCCAACCUGGUGUUGGCGGACAGACUGGAGCUGGACAACAAGGAUACGGUGUCAUACCAGGUUUUGGAGGACAACCCGGAGCCGUACAACCCGGAUACGGUAGCCAACCUGGAAUUGGCGGACAGACCGCCGCUGGAAAGCCCGGAUACGGUGGUCAACCUGGAAUUGGUGGAUCGCCUGGGUAUGGAACACAGCCAGGAACUGGAGGUCAAGCAGGAAUUAGCGGUGGCCAACCCUGGUACGGAACUCAACCUGGAGUUAGUGGACAAACCGGAGCCGGGCAACCAGGGUACGGAAGCUUACCUGGAACAGGUGGUCAGGCCACGGCUGGCCAACCCGGAUACGGAACCGGAUCUCAACCCGGAAUUGGUGGACAGACAGUAGGUGGACAAGGUGGCUACGGUAGCCAACCCGGAAUCGGUGGAGCGCCAGUUUAUGGAACACAGCCAGGAGGUGGCGGCCAAACUGGAGUCGUUGGAGGACAGCCCGGACAGACCGGAGACAGAGUAGGACAACCAGGAUACGGAACCCAGACAGGACAAAUUGGGGCACCAGGUCGAUAUACAGAUGGAAGUCAAACUGUACCUGGUGCUGUUGGCACCGGUGGAGUUGGUGCUGCCGGUACCAGCGGAGCUGACGAUGCCUUCUCCCAAGCCGAGUCCUCAAUUGGCGACGGACAAGCCUCGGCAAGUGCUCAGGGCAAGAAGAAUGGUGGCACGGCCAAGACUCAGGUGUCAGGAACUUACAGCUCCGGCGGAACCUUUAGCGCCAGUGCAAUGACGUCCGAUGCUGAUCGUGCGGCCAGUGCCCAGGUUACCGGAAAUGCCGAUGGAGCCGUAAGUCAGUCGCAGGGAUCAGGAGGUCCUGCCCAGUCGCAGGCCCAGGUACAGGUGGCCAAGGACGGCGGCACCAAGGCCUCGUCGCAGAGCGGUGGCAUCAUCCAACAGAGCCAGAGCGAGGUGCACGCCAAUGACAAGGGCGGCCUGGCGGACGCACAGUCGAGCGGACCCGGACAAACCUCGUCCCAGGCCCAGAUCGGUUUCCGACCCGGCCAGGAGGCCAAUCCGCCAGCAGCUAAUGGUGGCGGCCAGGCAUCGUCCUCAUCUGGCACUCACUCUAGUCAGAGUAGCUCGCAGAUUCACGGAACAUCCAGCUUUGGUGUUUCGUACCAUGGUGCUGCACAAUCCGCGUCGGGAACCAAGGAGCAGGUGGCUACUUACAGGGAAGCCAACAGGGAGCUCUUCAAUACCAUCAGUCAGUUUGGCAACAACGGGAAUGCUGUUACUGAUCGCGCUGAUGCUGUCUACAGUGGCCCCGCGCUUACUGAUGAGUCCAACAGAGUGCCAGAGGCGCAACUGAAGUCCACCAAGCCCAAGGAGGAAGCGGAGCAGGUAGUGAGCAAGCCAGACCAGCCGGAGGCCGUUCAGUACGAUGAUGAAAAUGAGGCCGAACCUGAUGAAUACGAUGAUGAUGAGUACUACAACGAGAAGCCAGUGAAGCUAGAGGAAACCCCAAAGUCGGCCAGCAUAGUGGCGCCAACCGAAGCAACACCUAAGCCCAAGACCUACGACCAGUCAUCACCCACGCAAAGCCAACAGACAGUCGUGGUGCCGGUGCCGGGUGAAAAAUAUCAGGUGGUGCAAAAGCAGAACGGUAAGGCCACCAUCAAUGCUGAGCCCUCGACCACCGAGGCCAUACCACCGGGAUUCCGAGGAACCGUGAAUGUGGAAAAGAAGUUCCACACCAAGGCCCUGGAGCUACACGCUCCCAAGGGGGUGGAGAUCACACCCGACACCAGCGACGAGGGUCCGGUCCGGGGUGACAAGCCCCUACGGCGUGCUCCUGAUAGCUACGUGACCGUCACCAAGUCAGUGACCGGCAGCAUGGACAACACAAAGAACCCACCGCAGGAGAACAAGAACUUCCAGUCCACCUAUUACACCAAGUCCUCGACCUGCGGCUACUUCACCUUCUCCUGCAACAUUGUCUACGGCGCCAAUGGAAGGAGCAAGAUCUGCCGUCCCAAGGCGCCCACCAAUGGAAAAUGCUAGGGAUAGCAUAGUACGCAUCCCAACCCACCCAUAUUAUAGUAGAUCAGUUCCAGAGGGGCUCAAUUUUAGAACAGCUCAACCAACUGCCAUCUACAAACCACCCAGUUGUAUUUUGAUGCAGCUUGCUCUUGAGCACUUAAGUGUUUUUUCGCAUAUAAUUAAACGGUUUCACUGCCAAUUCUUGAAUAUUUCGUACGAUUUGCAAUUGUAAUUAAUAUUUAAUAACAAAACACAAUAUGAAAAAGAGA